GUAAUGUCGAAGUUCCCGGUGCCGUUGAGAACGAUUGGUGGGCUUCGUCCCUCGACAACAGCAGCUAUUUCUGCCGCCAACAUCGGUUUCACACAAUCGAGUCGGGCCCUCAGCACCGGAGCUGCCGCCAAAAGCUCAGGACUUGUUGGACAAGUAGCUCGCCAAUAUCCAAAUGCUGCAGCUUUCAGUAUUAAACAAGUUCGCCUUUAUAGCAGUGGAAAUCUGCCAAAGCACAAUCGGGUAGCUCUCCCAGCACUUUCUCCAACUAUGGAACUCGGAACUGUUGUAAGCUGGCAGAAAAAAGAAGGAGAUCAACUUAGUGAAGGAGAUUUGCUCUGCGAGAUUGAAACCGAUAAGGCCACUAUGGGAUUCGAAACUCCGGAAGAAGGAUAUCUUGCCAAGAUUCUCAUCCAGGAAGGAUCGAAGGAUGUUCCAAUUGGCAAGCUUCUCUGUAUUAUCGUCGACAACGAGGCUGACGUUGCUGCCUUCAAGGAUUUCAAGGACGAUGGUGCUUCAUCUGGUGGAUCCGCUCCAGCAGCCGAGAAAGCUCCAGAGCCAGCAAAACCAGCCGCUUCAUCGCAACCAUCUCCCCCAGCACAAAUGUAUCAAGCACCAUCAGUUCCAAAGUCCGCACCAAUUCCACACUCAUCAUCGGGAAGAGUUUCUGCUUCACCGUUCGCUAAGAAACUUGCUGCUGAAAAUGGCCUUGACUUGAGCGGAGUUUCUGGAAGUGGACCAGGAGGACGUAUUCUCGCUUCGGAUCUUUCCCAGGCUCCAGCAAAGGGCGCUACUUCAACCACAACUCAAGCCGUAUCUGGUCAAGAUUAUACCGAUAUUCCACUUUCGAACAUGCGUAAGACAAUUGCUAAGAGACUCACCGAAAGCAAAUCAACGAUUCCACAUUAUUAUUUGACCAGCGAAAUUCAAUUGGAUACACUUCUUCAGGUUCGUGAAAAGCUCAACGGUCUUCUUGCAAAGGGAACAUCGGGACAAGCCACUAAGAUCUCAAUCAAUGACUUUAUCAUCAAAGCUUCUGCUCUUGCAUGUCAACGAGUUCCAGAAGCCAACAGCUAUUGGAUGGACUCGUUCAUUCGUGAGAAUCAUCACGUCGAUGUUUCUGUAGCUGUCAGCACCCCAGCCGGUCUUAUUACUCCAAUUAUCUUCAAUGCUCACGCUAAGGGACUCGCCACGAUUGCCUCAGAAAUUGUAGAAUUGGCGCAAAGAGCACGCGAAGGAAAAUUGCAGCCUCAUGAGUUCCAAGGAGGUACUUUCACCGUCUCGAACCUCGGAAUGUUCGGAUCUGUAUCUGAUUUCACCGCGAUCAUCAACCCACCACAAUCAUGCAUUUUGGCUAUCGGAGGAGCAUCUGAUAAGCUGGUCCCAGACGAGGCUGAAGGAUAUAAGAAGAUUAAGACUAUGAAGGUAACAUUGUCAUGCGAUCACAGGACUGUUGAUGGAGCUGUUGGAGCCGUCUGGCUUCGUCACUUCAAGGAGUUCCUCGAGAAGCCACACACGAUGCUUCUCUAAACGAUGGCUUUUUCAUUGUUUCCCAAUUCAUCUCACCAUCUUCCUCUACCCAUUUUGACCCCCGAAUUUACUCCGUAAAGUCUCGAAGUGAUAGCGUAUAACUAGGUCAUAAUUUUAUUAUUUCUUUCUUUCUUCACUACAGCCAUUUUCGCUUUUAUUUUUCUCAUUUUUCAUGGCAUGUUUCCCAGUUAAUCGUUUAAUUUCUCCGGUAGUAUGUGUAAGUGAAUUAUUAGAAGAAGUUUCCUUUAAAAAAUGAUUUAUUAUUU